AUGGCUGCUUCGUCAUCAAUUCAAAAUUUAAACAAACCUAAAGAUGCUUUUGAGCAGCUAGAAGACGAAGAAGGUACCCGCCAAGGCUUCUGUCAUAUUCGCAUUCAGCAGCGAACUGGCCGUAAAACUAUUACAACUGUACAAGGAAUUGCACCUGAAUAUGAUUUGAAAAAGAUUGUUCGAUAUCUAAAGAAGGUAAAUUUUUUAUGCUUGUGUCGUACAGUGAUAUGGGCAUUUGUAACUUUAUUACGUUAUUUUAGGCUUUCUAGCUUAUCAGUUAAUUUAAUGAGGAUCGUAUACCGAUGCGAAAUCAUGCUAUCAAAAUUCACUCUGCUGUACUUUUUGAUUGCUCUACGCAUUAUGAAUGUCUUUCUGGUUCGGACAUAUUUUGUACCAGAUGAACUUUUCCAAAGUGUGGAAGUAGCUCAUUGGGCUGUUUAUGGUACUGGAUAUUUGUCCUGGGAAUGGUUGGCUUCACUUCGUUCCGUUUUACAUCCAUUUAUUAUCACUAUGCUCUACUUCUUAGGUCAUUUGUGUAGCAUCGAUUCCAAUUUAUUCAUUAUCCAAACUCCUCGUUUCUUACAUGCAUUAUUAUUUGCACUGUCAGAUUACUGUUAUUAUAAAUUUGCUAGACGCAUCUUAUCACCUAGUGGAGCAAAAUAUGCUCUUUUCAGUUAUUUAUCAUGCUGGUUUGUGUGGUAUUGUGCUCCACGUACUCUUUCAAACACAUUAGAAACGGUGUUGACAUUGUUCGCCCUUCAAUGGUAUCCACUGACUAAGAAUGAUCUGAAACAAUCCUGUUGGCCUUAUAUGUCUGUUGGUUUCCUAACGAUUCUGAUCCGGCCUACUGCUAUUCUGAUUUGGAUUCCUUUUGGUCUUUGGCAUGUUUGGCGAACCGAUUCAUCAAAAGUACUGUUAUUUUGUACUUGUCUAUCAUCAUGUCUUCCAGUUCUAUUUCUCGUAACCAUUUUGGAUUCUGUUGCUUAUGGAAAGCUGACAUUCACAACAUGGAAUUUCAUUCGCUUCAACGUUUUAGAAGGUGGAAGUAGUCAUUUUGGGUCACAUCCGUGGCAUUGGUUCAUAUCGCAGGGAUUACCUACUGUGCUGACAAUACAACUGAUCCCAAUAUUCUGGGGUAUGGUGAUUGCAAUACGAAACCGUUCCGUUCCGUUUGUUUUCUUCUGCGUUCCCACACUGUAUGUCACAAUUCAUAGCUUCAUUGCUCAUAAGGAGCACCGAUUUUUAUUGCCUAUUAUACCGUUGUUGUGCCUUUUUGCUGGUAUCUUUUUUCACAGUAGGCUGCCUCAUACGAUGAAAAAGUGGCGUAUUUUCGGGAUUCGAUUAUUGCUUGUCAUCAAUGUAUCUUUGGCAGCAUACUUCGGUUUAUUUCAUCAAGUUGGUCCCUUUUCCGCAACAUAUUGGAUUAUCGAGGAUGCGAAAUUACGUUUUUCAAAGCAGCAUGUUGAAUUGAUUCAUUUGAUGCCUUGUUUCUCCUUACCACAAUAUAGUUAUUUUCAUGGCUUAAAUAUAACAGUGACAGCACUUGAUUGUUCUCCCGAUUUUUCCCAUUUUCCGGAUUACGUGGAUCAAGCGGAUCAUUUUCAUGAUGAUCCAAAUUUCUGGAUUGGUGAAAAUCUCGAUUUAGUCAAAAAAGCCCACUAUCUCGUAUUCUAUGAGAAAACCUACCGAAAGGAGUAUAAUUGUAACGGGACUACAGUGGAUCAUCCGGAAUAUGGUGAAGUAAUCCAGCUUACCGGUGAUCAAAGGCAACACAUUAAGGAUUUUCUGUGCAGAGUUGGUAUUGUCAAGGAGGAAAAUUGUAAAAUUCAUGGUUUUUAA